GUGUCUUACCUGCUCAGUGGAAAGGCUGGGGACUCGCGGUGGAGAGCAAUGGGCGAGAAGGAGCCGCGGGGAGCCCCGGGGGCGGGACGCCGGGGCGGACAAGGCGGCUCGAGCUGGGGCGCCGCCCCUGCGCUUGGCGCACACCCGGAAGCCGCGCGAACCCGGUGGAGCUGGCGUGGGCAGCCAGGCCGGGCCUGGGGGCCAGGAGGCGAGAUGGCGUCUGGGCCAAAUGGGCUGGAGGAGUGGGUGGGCAGCGCAUACCUGUUUGUGGAGUCCUCGCUGGACAAGGUGGCCCUGUCAGACGCUUACGCUCAUCCCCAACAGAAGGUGGCGGUGUACAGGGCUCUUCGGGCUGCAUUGGCAGAGAGCGGGAGCCCUGACGAGUUGCAGAUGCUCAAGAUCCACCGCAGCGAUCCGCAGCUGAUUGUGCAGCUGCGUUUCUGCGGACGCCAGCCCUGCGGCCGCUUCCUCCGCGCCUACCGCGAGGGGGCGCUGCGCGCCGCGCUGGAGGGCCGCUUGGCCGCAUUGCUCACCCUGCACUCAGUGCCGUUGCAACUGGAGCUGCGCGUCGGCGCGGAGCGGCUGGACGCCUUGCUGGCAGAUGAGGAGCGUUGUUUGAGUUGCAUCUAUGCCCAGAAGCCUGACCGGCUCCGGGACGAGGAACUCACGGAGUUGGAGGAUGCGCUCCGGAAUCUGACUUUUGGCUCAGGGGGCCAGGGUGGCAACGUAGUGCUAGCUCCAGCCCCCAUGCAGUCCCUGGCCCCAUCUUCGUCGGAGAAGCCACCGCCACCGCCACCAUCUGGCCAGACUUUUAUGUUCCAGGGCCAGCCCAUAGUGAACCGGCCAAUAAGCCUGCAGGACCAGCAGACGUUUGCGCGCUCAGUGGGCCUCAAAUGGCGCAAGGUUGGACGCUCCCUGCAGCGUGGCUGUCGCGCACUGAGGGACCCAGUGCUCGACUCCCUGGCCUAUGAGUACGAGCGCGAGGGGUUGUACGAGCAAGCCUUCCAGCUACUGAGGCGCUUCGUGCAGGCCGAGGGCCGCCGCGCCACGCUGCAGCGCCUGGUGGAGGCGCUCGAGGAGAACGAGCUCACCAGCUUGGCAGAGGACUUGCUGGGCCUGGCGCAUCCGGAUAGCGCCCUGGCCUAGCCUGGGUACCAGACACAGGGACGGUCAGCCAGUUGCCCAGCCAGGGUUUGGAGCACCUGGAUGACUCGAGGGUCCCUUCUUGCUGCUACGGCUGCCCUGUCCAUUCACAGGAUUUACAACCCUACUUAAGUGGCGCUGCUGGGCAGAACUGCCUGCCUUCUCCAGGAGUCAGACCGGCACCCACCAUGCCUGCUGGGGUGCCAUUGGGGAUUCCUCCCCAGAUACUAUGAUAGGGAUAGAGUCGUGGGGGUGAUCUGCUGCAGAGGUCGGCCUCACCUCACCUAUCCCAGAAGGGGGGCUUUUGGCCAGCCCUUACCUCUUCUCUCAUUGCACAAUCACUCAUUAGGCACCUGCUGUUGUUUUAGGCAUCAUCCUGGGUGCUACAAAUACUUUGGUGAACAAGACAGCUCCCAAUUCACACUCAAUAUGGGACUCCAGGUAUUAAGCAACAGUAAUAAAAUGUUACCUGUUUCUCUUUUUUAA